CAGCGUUGUGUGAGUGUGAACUGUGAAGAGAAGCGCCAUAUAUAAUAUAAAUAUACAGAGAGAGAGAGAAUAAGGUAGCAUGGUGACGGGUUUCAAUGUUCUUCCUUUAGAAUGCAUCUCCAAGAUCAUAUCCUUUACGUCUCCCCUAGAAGCAUGUAGGUCGUCGGCGGUGUCGCUUAUCUUCCGAUCAGCAGCGGAUUCGGACUCUGUAUGGGAGAAAUUUCUACCAUCUGAUUAUAAGAACAUACUCUCCAGAUCUGUUUCAUCUGUGGAUUUUUCUUCCAAGAAGGAAUUGUAUUUUCGUCUAUGUGAUGACCCCAUCCUCAUAGACGAUGGUUAUAUGAGCUUUGCGCUGGAUAAAUUGUCUGGGAGGAAAUGUUAUACACUAGGCGCAAGAAGGCUUUCCAUUGCAUGGGGAGGUUCUACUAGCAAUUGGACAUGGCCAUCUGUCCCUGAGUCAAGGUUUGGUGAGGUUGCUCAUCUGGAGGAAGUUUGCUGGCUACAAAUUGAUGGGAAGGUUGAUACGCGAAUGCUGUCCCCAGAAACAACAUACAUAGCCAAAUUUAUAUUCAAGUUUGCAGAGGGGAGCAUGGGGUUCGACUACCAACCAGUGGACGUGGUAGUGAAAUUUGUGGGAGGAGGACGAAGUGGUGUUGGCACUGGUAAGGUGCAGACCGCUUACUUGGAUCCAGAUAGCCGGAAGAAUGCGCAGUUUGGAAGGCUAAGGAAUACGGGGUUGUUUCAGAGGACGCUUAGGUUAAGCACCUCAAUAAGACCACCAAUUCCGAUUAGGUUGCCACAACAGAUGUUGGAUUUGGAGGGGCAGUUCCCUGAAGAGAGAGGUGAUGGGUGGCUGGAAGUGCAGAUGGGUGAGUUUUACAUCGGCAAGGGUGAGGAUGGAGAGGUGCAGAUGAGUCUGUUAGAGGUGAAAGGUGGUCAUUGGAAGUCUGGCCUCAAUGUUCAGGGGAUAGAGCUGAGGCCUAAGGAGACCAAAAUACCAAAUAAAUGAAAGCCUAGCUAUUACAUUAUUUUUCCUCUAGCCCUUUUGCAUUAGUUUUCAUUGUUAAAUUGGAAUGCAACUCAAAGGGGAGCAAAUGGGAACUGAUUCUCAAUGUCAGUGGAAACUUUUUAAAGCACCAUAAAAGGGGAAACAAUCUGUGAUUGUUUUUGCUAAAAAAACGAAUCUGUGAUUUCUUUUUGUUGUCUAUUGUCCUUUACACAUCAGUUCUUAGAUGAUGGUUCUGGGUCCCUACUCUGUUCUUUAUUUUAAUCAACUGUGUACUUUUGUCCUUUGAAAGAUACCGAGUCAAAUCCAGUGAAGUUGUAGGUGAUGUCGUACCUAGGUAUCUACCUACGUACUUGGACUUUGUAUGCUUGUAAUUAGAAUUGUCCGGUCGGUUGUAAGAUGUACUGUGUGUAGCUCAAAGCUAUUGGUGAGAACGCCAAUGGCCAACAUGGAGAUUAACUCAGGCGGUCGUGGUCUGUAUAAAUAUCAGCAUUAAUUUGAUCAAAAUUGUUUGU